GUGGGAACUGGAGCUGGCCCCCGAGCGCUAGGGGCUGCGCGUGGCAGGGAGGCGCCGGUCAGGAUGGCCGUGGGGCGCUCGCUCGUGAAGUUUGAGAACCUGCAUGAACUGAAGAGGCUCUGUCACUGGGGCCCCAUCAUAGCCCUGGGUGUCAUCACCAUCUGCUCCACGAUGGCGAUGAUCGAUGCGGUCCUGUGGUAUUGGCCCUUGGAGACGCCGGGAGGGGGCGUGAAUUUCAUCAUGCUCAUCAACUGGACGGUCAUGAUUCUUUACAACUACUUCAACGCCAUGUUCGUUGGCCCUGGAUAUGUUCCUUUCGGAUGGAAACCGGAAAAAUCUCAGGACUGCGUGUAUCUCCAGUACUGUAAAGUGUGCCAGUCUUACAAGGCACCACGUUCACACCACUGCCGAAAAUGUAACAGGUGUGUUAUGAAGAUGGAUCACCAUUGUCCUUGGAUCAAUAACUGUUGUGGAUAUCAGAACCACGCAUACUUCACUCUGUUUCUCCUUUUAGCCCCACUUGGAUGCAUCCAUGCAUCUUUCAUUUUUGUUAUGACCAUGUACACUCAACUUUAUAACAGGAUAUCUUUUGGGUGGAGUUCUGUAAGGAUUGAUAUGAGUGCAGCCAAAAGAGACCCUCUUCCAAUUAUUCCCUUUGGAUUGUCAGCAUUUGCUGCAUCUCUCUUUGCCUUGGGACUGGCAUUAGGAACAACUAUAGCAGUUGGUAUGUUGUUUAUUAUCCAGAUGAAAGUCAUUCUGAGGAAUAAAACUUCAAUCGAAUCCUGGAUUGAGGAGAAGGUAGGCAUUGAUUCUAUGGCCAAAGACAGAAUCCAGUAUUACCAUACGGGUGAAAUCUUCAUUUUUCCUUAUGACAUGGGAAGUAAAUGGAAAAACAUCAAGCAAGUGUUUACAUGGUCUGGGAUUCCCGAGGGAAAUGGCCUGGAAUGGCCUGUAAAAGAAGGCUGUCACCAGUACAGUUUGACUGUUGAGCAGCUCAAACAAAAAUCAGACAAGCGACUAAGAAGCGUGCGGUACCAAGCAGUAGAAGACUACAGUGGUGCCUGCUGUCCCAUGACUAAAGACACUGGAUGUAUGGUGAAAGAAUUCUUGACUCAACUACUGAUGGUGAAACAAGAGUCAGAGGAUGGUUCCCAAGGAAUUGCGUGGAAAAGUGUCAGUAUGAUUCUGAACUGGAUCAACCAGUCGAUGGAGAAAAGAAAAAUAGAUAGCCCUUUCACUAUUUUUAUUAAUAAAUGGAAAUUUUCCUUUCAGAACACAGUCCGUUACUUGAAACCUUGUGUAUAUUACUUUAGAUAUAUGCAAUUGGUAUGUUACAAGAGGGUUUUAAUUUCCUCCCAAUGUAAAAGUGCUACAGUGCCAUGAUCUAUAUUUGUUUUUUUUUAACACAUUUUAUAACUGAUAAAAUCAUUCCAUGGAUGAUGCCUUCAAGUUUUUCACCCUAGGGCGGAUUUGAUUUCCAUUUUAUUUUAUUGUUUAAAUUAAGAAUAUUUUUUUAAUUAUACCCUGAUGGGAGAGGGGAUGUUGUUUUAAUUUUUCCACAAUCACAUCUGCAUAUGAUGCGUGCUGCUUUUCUUUUGUAGCUUAUUUUGCUUUGUGUCUUAAAUGGGCCCCUGAAAAUAAAUUUCAAAUGCAAGUAUAGGAUUUGGUACCUGCAACUUUUAAUAAUGUGACUUGCCAAUCACAAAUAAACACCAAUGUGUAUUCUGUA